UUUGUUCCACUACAGUGUGUUAUUACUUUAGCAAGAGAAUGACAAUGCAAAAAAGAGAUUCUUCCAACAAGUUACAUUUCUAUGUUAUGAGAGUUUGAAAAACAACAUCUUGGGAAUAAUUGCCUAUUAAGUAUCAGCAUUGGCCACAAGAAAUCCAUUUCGGUUGAGCAGGAGAAUACACCAUCCUGGCAGAUGUUUGAUUAUUGCGUAGUUUUGUUUUGACUCUAAUUUUUAUAAACAAAGUGGUAAAAUGGCCUAACAAACUUAAAGAUCCACUGCACUCGAGCUUCUGGAGCAGCAAACCACUUCUCCCUAUCCUCAUCAGGGGAAGAAGUUGAGUCAAUAGAAAAAAGAUUUUCUGCCUCUGUUGGCUUUUCACUGGGAAACACAGAUACAAACCAUGUAUCCUCUCUGCCUGCUUUAAGUGUGUGUUUGAAAUGUGCUAUGAGCUUCUUUCUUUUUCAAAUGUGCACAAUCAAAAAUAUGUUUGAUGUUUUCAUUGUCAGGGAACUGCAAGAAGAAUGUGGGCUCACAGUGGACGCCCUCGAGAAGGUCGGAAACUUAAAGUAUGAGUACGUCGGAGAUCCGCAGCUGCUGGACGUCCACGUUUUCAGGGCGGAUGCUUACAACGGAGAACCUACAGAGUCCGAAGAGAUGAGGCCUCAGUGGUUCGAUUGUGAUCAAAUUCCCUUCAGUGAAAUGUGGGUCGAUGACAUCAUGUGGUACCCUCUGUUGCUGCAGAAGAAGAAGUUUGUCGGAUACUUUAAGUGCCAGGGUCACGAGGUGAUCCUCAGCCACACGUUGGAAGAGGUGGACAAGGUCUGAGAUGAUAAUAUGGCCGGUGGUGACACUGUUAAUGAGUCGGACCAAAAAUGAUCAGCUGUAGAUAUCAAGCACUGAAGAAUUCCAACUGUUGAAUGUUCUUGUUCACUUCGUUUGUGAGAAGAAACAAAUUCCUGACUACUUUCAAAAACGGUUUAAACUUAAGAUGUCGUGUUUACAAAUCUGUUAAUUAUUCUAUCAUGUAUUCAUAUCAAAUAAUAAUAAAAGUACAUUUUGCAAAA